GGACUGUAUUUAUAGGUAAAGACUAAACUCUGUCCUCGGGAAGGACUUAUCACGUGACAUUCCUAGGUCAUGCGAGUCGGAAGCAGGCGAGCGCCACAGGCCAGAUAACGAGUGCUCCCGGAUGUGUCCGGAAGGUGACGGGGUGAUGGCGGCAGCCGUGGUGCAGAUGAGGCUGGGAUACCGAGGUCUGCUGGCGGUGCGUAGCCGGGCGGCUGGCCCUGUGGCCCUAGGACUUGUGUCCUCUCAGCUCCGCACGUUCUCGGUUAGGAAGGAGCGGGAAAUGGAGGAGAAUCCGUUCUAUGGAAAAUACAAGGAGAAGAUUGAAGGACUGCGCCGGUCGGACCCUGGAGCGUUUGACGCUCGGGUGGAAAAGAGGAAGGAGGUGAGAAAACAGCCGCUGGGAUCCAGUGAUCGGCCGGCAGGGGCUGAGGUGAAUUUGGGUUCAGUGAAGGAAGGUCCCCCCAAGAACAAGACCUUGAACUCUCUGCUGAACAUGGAGAUGGUGAAGGACAAGAGCGCUGAAGACAUUGCCCAGAUAUGGACGCAGUACUUUGCCAAGCAAGAUACCGUGUUUGCAGUUAUACCGGGAGAAGCCUUUGACCUGAUCUGCAGACGUUCUCAGUGCUGCCCCGCUUUUCUGUAUGCGCUGCCCAGGAAGGAGGGAUACGAGUUUUAUGUCGGACAGUGGUCAGGGGCAGAGCUUCACUUCACUACACUGAUAAACAUCCAGACAAAGGGCGACUCUGCACCAAGUCAUCUGAUCCUGCAUCACUACAGCGAGCUCCGAGCCGACAAAGGAAUCGUAUUAAUGACGGCUGAGCGUGACCCCAAAUACCUGAAUGUCCAAGAAGCGCAGUGUCUGGCCAAUCAGGUUCAACUUUUCUACGCCGGGGAUCAGUUUCAUUUGGUGGAGAUCUUCAACCACAGUCCCAGUGACUUCAAGUACAUGGCAGUGGUGUCCGCCCUGGAGCAGAGCAGAGUGGACUUAUGGCCGAGCCGACUGCCCACUGGGGGCGCCACUUCUUGUAUGUAACUUGUCCCAUGAUGGCGUCUCUUCUCGGAGCUGCUGACCAUGGUGGUUAUUACAUGGCUGAUAGUAAGGU